CAUUCAGUUAAUUGCAAACCGUGCUGAAGGUGUUGCGUCUCGAUAAAAAAUUUUAAUAAAGUCUGUUUAUUUUUUUUUAUCAUUUUAUUUUUAUAAUUUAUUGUUCAGUUUUAUUGUUUAUUGUAUUUGUAUAUAUAUUUCGUUGCAUAUUCGUUGUUAUUUAUAUUUUCUGUUAUUGUUUAUUUUUUUUGCAAUUUUAUUCAUUUAAAUUGUAAAUAUGUCAAGUCGGAAACCCGGCCGAAGAAGCCGAGAUAAAGUGUCCGACGAAGUAAAAAAAAAAUUAAAAACUUUAUUUGUCGGCGAUAAGAAAAUAAUUAACGGCUAUGCAUUUAAUAUAAAUGAUUAUACCGUGCGAGGAGACAAACCCAUCGCAUUACUCGAUUGCCUGAACCGCAGGAGGUAUUCUUCAACUCCUCCAUUUUUACCCUGUCCAGCUCGAUGUUCGAUGGAUAUUGACGGUAAAAUUGGAGAAGUGGUCAAUACGCAUAAUCACGAAAGGGUUGAGACCUUGGCGGACGAUCGUGCGUUUCAUCACGACCUAAAAAAGUCGUCGUCUAACAGUGGUGAAAACUUGAAAAAAAUAUUUGAUGAUACCCUCAACAGACAUCCCAAGACUCAGCCUGUGUCAUAUGAUACUAAAAAGACAAGCAUGCACAGGGCCCGUCGAAAGGUUGUUCCUCCACAACCCAAAAAUUUCGAGGAGUAUGCCGAGUAUCUGACUCAGGAUCAAUGGACUUCUCUAUUGGCUUACAACAAUGGAAGGUUGGAAGUCAAGAAAGUUGGUUCUGAUGAUGAUACGUCGGUCAUUUUUUACGAUUUGCCUUAUAUGAAAAUGACCCUCAAGAAUGUUGAGAAAGGGGAUUUGGAAUUUUCAGUUGAUUCGACCUUCAACAUAAUUCCGAACUCUAUUAAACCCCGUCAGUUCAUGACUGUUCAAAUAUAUAAGGGAAACCAAGCUCUCACCAAAAACGCAUUUAGGCUAGGUGCACUCUCUAAAAAAUAUAAAAAAAAUUCUGAGGUAGAUGACGUCGAAAAAGAAGUUGAAGAAAUUUUGAGAAAGUUAAUGGCUCUUGCCUAUCUACCAGCGACCUACAUACCCGGCCAACUGUGCCGAAUUAUUGGGAAAAUCAACAACCCCGAAGUGUUUAAAAGAAUGAAGAGAUUUUUAAAUUAUUAUAUUAAGCAAUGGAUAAAAGCGCGAACUCCAGAAGAAUGGUCCCAAUUCCACAAUAAACGGAAAACUAAUAAUGCCACCGAGUCGUGGAACCGUGACCUCAAUUCCAAGUUUGGCAAACACCCGUCAAUCUGGAAAUUUACAACAAAAAUUGUCGAAGAGCAAAACAUUGCUUAUAGAGAAUACUUAGCCAUAAUGGCAUUAAAAAAACCGCAACGGGGGCAAAUUGAAAAUCGCCGCAAGUCCUCAAAGAUCCAAGAUCUAAACAGCCAAUUGACUUCGGGCCUCAUUUCUCCCAGUCAAUUCUUGGAAUUCGCCACGCAACUUAUAACUUUCCGUCGAAGUAAUACAGAUGGUACAGAAGCUGUUGAAAUAAAUGAUGGAGAAAUAAAAAAUGAUGACAAAAAAAUAGAAAAUAGAGAUUCAAUAGACAAUGAAUUAAAUUUACAACAUUCAUCGGAUGAUGAAGAGCAGGUGAAUAUGGACGAUGAAGAAGAAAAGCUGGAAGAAACAGAUGAUGAAGCAGAUGAUGAUGAUGAUGAAGAUGAUAAAGACGUUCCGGUGAAAGCCGAGAUUAUACGGAGAAUCAAAGAAGCAUUUGCUUCUCAUGGCAUUAUCAUGACUGAAGAUUGCUUAGUACAAGAAGUAGAAGAAUUCGGAGAAGAAUUAGUAUAUAUCGGAGAAGAAGGAAUAGAAAUAGAAAAAUUAAUUGAAACAGAAGAAGUCAAAGAAACAGAAGUAGUGAUAGGAAAAGCGCAUGACUACGGUUUAAAUGAAAAAAAAAAUGACAUGCCUUCGACGAGUGCGGAUACAGUGUCUGAAGAAAUAGAUGAAGAGAAUAAAGAGAAUAACAGCAAUGCCGGAAAAAAAAAAUUAAAUAUUAAUAUACAAAAAAAUGAAAUAAUAAAACUAAAAUUUAUAAAAAUGAAAAAUGGAAAAGAAGACCAGUGGGCAAUGAAAAAGUAAAUAAUAUAAAAAAACGCAUCCAAAUAGUUCAUUGUUAUAAUAUUAUUAAUUAAAUUAUUUCUUUUCAAUUUCAUAUAUGUUCAAUUCAUUUAAACUUUGUUAAUAAUAAAAUUGUGAAUU